AUGGCCAACAGUGCAACCUCUUUAAUCCCGGCCCAAGAUAAGCAAAAGAGUCCUGCCAGCGCUUCUCAAAACAAAACCCGGGGUAAGAAGGGAAAGGGGAAGGGAAAGGCAAAGCCUGAACCUCCAGAAGAAACAGACCCGAGGAAGUUGGAGUUGACUCGUUGGGUGAACUCUCUGGAGCAGGCUAUGAUGGAUGCUCUGGUGCUGGACAGAGUUGACUUUGUCAAACUGCUCCUUGAGAAUGGGGUCAAUAUUCACCACUUCCUCACCAUUCCCAGACUGGAGGAGUUAUACAACACGAAACUUGGCCCUGCCAAUACGCUGAAUGCCGUGGUUAGGGAUGUCAAAAAGGGAAACCUUCCUCCAGAUUAUCAGAUCACUUUGAUUGAUAUUGGUCUGGUGCUGGAGUGCUUCAUGGGUGGAGCUUACAGGAGCAAUUACACCAGGAAGGCUUUCCGCAACCUCUACAAUAAUUUGUAUGGACUAAAAAGGCCAAAAGCUCUGAAGCUUCUAGGAAUGGAGGAUGAUGAACCAAGGUCAAAAGGCAAGAAGAAACAAAAGAAGAAGAAAGAAGAAGAGGUGGAAAUUGAUGUGGACGACCCCGAGGUCUGUCGAUUCAAGUUCCCCUUCCAUGAGCUGAUGCUGUGGGCGGUGCUGAUGAAGCGCCAGAAGAUGGCACUGUUCCUCUGGCAGCGUGGAGAAGAAGCUAUGGCUAAAGCCCUGGUGGCCUGUAAACUGUAUAAAGCCAUGGCCCAUGAGUGCUCUGAGAGUGAACUGGUGGAUGACAUCUCCCAAGACCUGGAGAACAACUCCAAAGAGUUUGGCCAGCUGGCCUACGAGCUGUUGGACCAGUCCUACAAGCAUGACGAACAGGUGGCCAUGAAACUCUUAACAUAUGAGCUGGUCAACUGGAGUAACUCCACCUGUCUGAAGCUGGCGGUGGCUGCUAAGCAACGUGACUUCAUUGCUCACACCUGCAGCCAGAUGUUGCUCACUGACAUGUGGAUGGGCUGCUUAAGGAUCGGCAAGAAUCCCGGCCUCAAGGUUAUUCUGGGAAUCAUCUUUCCUCCUUUCAUUCUACUGUUGGAUUUCCGUCUUGGAGAUGAUGUGCCCUAUCAAGCACCUGGAGGCAAAGAACAGGGAAAAGAAAAGGAUGACGAUGCAAAAUCCAGCAAGGAUCCUAAUAAUGAUACAACUUCCCGAAAGGGGGAUGAAGAGGAGGGCAGCACUAAUGUCCGAAAAAUCCCCAUUGGCAAAAGGUUUUUUGAGUUUUAUGAUGCGCCAUUCACCAAAUUCUGGUUCAACACUAUUUGCUAUCUGGGCUAUUUGAUGUUGUACAACUACAUAAUCCUGGUGAAAAUGGAGCGAUGGCCAUCUCUACAAGAGUGGACUGUCAUUGCAUACAUCCUCACACUUGGCUCUGAAAAAGUCAGGCAGAUUCUAAUGUCAGAGCCAGGGAAGCUGAAACAGAAGAUAAGUGUGUGGCUGGAGGAGUACUGGAACAUCACAGACCUGGCUGCCAUUUGCACCUUCCUUCUUGGGUUAAUGCUACGGCUGCAGCAUGAACCUUACAUGGGCUACGGCAGAGUCAUCUACUGCAUAGACAUCAUCUUCUGGUACAUUCGCGUAUUGGACAUCUUUGGAGUCAACAAAUACCUGGGACCCUAUGUGAUGAUGAUAGGGAAGAUGAUGAUAGAUAUGAUGUACUUUGUAGUCAUCAUGCUGGUGGUGCUCAUGAGCUUCGGGGUGGCUCGGCAAGCCAUCCUUCACCCUGAUGAGGAGCCAACAUGGCGCCUGGCCAGGAACAUUUUCUACAUGCCCUACUGGAUGAUAUAUGGAGAGAAUGAAUUCUAUAGCUAUAACUUCUCUUUCCCUGCAGCUCCAUGUGGUGAACAUUUAUAUGAUGAGGAUGGGAAGAAACUGCCUCCGUGUAUUCCUGGUGCCUGGCUCACACCUGCCAUUAUGGCCUGCUACCUUCUCGUAGCAAACAUUCUUCUGGUCAACUUGCUCAUUGCAGUGUUCAACAACACUUUCUUUGAAGUCAAGUCCAUUUCCAACCAGGUGUGGAAGUUUCAGAGAUAUCAGCUGAUCAUGACGUUCCACGACCGUCCCAUCCUGCCGCCACCUCUUAUCAUCUUCAGCCACCUCUACAUCCUCUUCAACAGGCUGUUUCGGCGGUGUGCCAGGAAGAGACAAGAAGGAGAGCUGGAUGAGAAGGACCGCGGACUCAAGCUUAGGCUGAAUCCAGAGGAGCUAAAAAGCCUGUAUGAGUUUGAAGAACAGUGCGUGGAGGAAUAUUUCCGUGAGAAAGAGGACGAGCAGCAGUCCUCUAGUGAUGAACGCAUUAAGGUUACCUCAGAAAGAGUUGAGAAUAUGUCCAUGCGUCUGGAGGAGGUUAACGAGAGGGAGAACACUAUGAAGGCCUCCCUGCAGACGGUGGAUCUGCGCCUGGCACAGCUGGAGGAGAUCCACGGACGAAUGGCAGUAGCCCUGGAAAAGCUUGCUGGGGUGGACAGACUGGAGUUGACCAGAACCUAUUCACGAACCUCCUCUGUGUGUGACCCCUCCUCCCUACUUCGCCAGAGCAGUAUUAACAGCGCUGAUGGUUACAGUCUUUACCGCUUCCACAUGGACAUGGAGGAGUUUGCAACGAAGCAGAAGGAUACAGAUGAGACAACUAAAACUGGUGUAGAAGGACAGAGGAGUCUGCGGAAAGCCUCCAGUAUUUGUACUCUCAACACAAAGGAAGGUGGUCAGACCUUAGAUGUUGGAGGUGUUGAGAGAUCACUCCCAAGUUCAUGUGUGGACAUUCUCAUAUCUCCAUGUGAACAAAAGUCUGCAUCUGCAUCAUCAAGUCAAGAGGCUAUAUCCAACAUGAAACAAGGAAGCACAGUGCUUCUAGAUAGACUAAAGCCUUCUUCCCCACCAAAAAGGACUAAAUCCUUGAGAUACUAUCCAGUCGAAGACCAACCCACUUCUCCUUUGACAAAGAAGAGGGCUAUGAGCACCAUCAUUAUCAGCCCGCCUGAUGAACCAGAAGAAUCAGAUGCACCCAGAAAGAAGGCCCAAUUGCCGCCGGGAACCUCCUCUUCCCCAAAAAGGACUAAAUCAUUGAGAUCUAUCCCUUCUGAAAUCCAAAGGCAGACUUCCCCUAUCACAAAGAAGAGAGCUAUGAGCAGCAUCAUCUACAACCCAGCCGAGGCAGGUGAUGAUGUGCAAACUGCAGACUACAAGACAGUAGUGGAGCAGGUCACUAAAACACCAGAUCAGUGGCCAGCAAACUUGGAGUACCAGGUGCACCCCAGCACUACUGGUCACAUACCUCAAGUGUCAACAGUCAGAACUCUCACCCAGCAGUUUCAAGCUAGCACUGCACCUACAGAGCUUAAAAAUAAGGAGGAUCAGACUUUAAAUAUGUCUUUAGAAAGUGAGGGAGCUCGGCCAGCAGCAGAACCCGAGGCAGACCAAACAAAGAUGAAAGCAAAGAGAAACCUCUCAGACGCUACCGAGUAUCUGACUGUAGCCGAUAAUAAAUAUUUGCCAUCUCAGAGAUCACAGAGCUUUAAUGCCAGCGAGAGGAAAGCAAAGGUGGUUAGCAAGGAGCCAAGAGCCUCCAGCAGCGAGAGAGACCUUGUUGAAGCCGGCAGCGUGGCAGGGGAAGAUGUGGGGAAGAAGAUGGAUGCAGAGAAGAAAGAAAAUGAUGCACAGGAAAAUAAAUGA